AUGGCUCCAGCCACAGAAGAACAGGUUCCGGCCGCACAGGCACCACCCACAGAGAACGGUGCAGCAAGUCAAGAGGACGCACAGGAAGAGGACGCACUGGAAGUCACCCCAGCUUACAGCUCGGCGAUCUUGCUUGCUCUCUGCCUCUGCGAGGCGCUCAGUCAAAGACCGGAUCGCGACGCCCACCUCGCCGUCCUGCUUGUCCUGCUUGUUCUGCCGUUCUGCUUGAUGGAUGCUGGCGCUGCGGAUCAGAAAGCAAAGCGGCAGAACGUGCGGGUGCUCAGAGAAGCUGUGAAUUGCGCUGCGGAACGUGACCCACAUGCUAUCUUUUGCCAUGAGUGCGAUUCGACAGCAGAGUGGGGGCUCCGGGGAAGCAAGACUGGAGGGAACAUCGGGUACUACUGCGAGCUGCACGGCCCAACACAGGGUUGUUUCCAUAUUGACAGGGACCGAGCAGCAUGGGUUCAGGCUCGCGAGGAGAUGCUGCGGAAGGCGAACUCUGCCUGUCAUCAAUGCGAGCAGGAGAAGAAAUUGUUGGGAUCAUCUGACCCUCCUUGGUCAUGGGUAGGGUCAGCAGCUUGGAACGAUUCUGAAAAAAAGGGGGUUUGGGCUUCCAUGCCCAUGAGCCAGUUGCUGAUAGCCACUCUUUUAAACAUUGGCGGUGUUGAACCAAACCCUGGACCUUCUCCCGAGGAGAUUGAACAAGAGUGGCAGAGAGCUUAUCCAGAUAUCGACACCAUGCUGCUGAGUUACCUGGCACAGAAGAAGGUUGCCCUGGCAAAAUGGAGAGAGUCCACAGCUGAGCAGCGCUCGACUCUUCUGGACAUGUGGGCACACCGGUACAUAGGGGAGUGGUUGGGGGCCUGGGAUAUGUUCCUCAUAGGGAUUCCGGCAUCAAAGGCAGCCUCUGCUUGGGACAAGACAAUGCUCAACAAACCUCUUUAUAGUUUCAAUUGUUUGCAAGACUGCUGCACGAUGGGGAGGGGCCGAGAGCGCAGGCCCUUCAGGGGACGUGGCAAUGCCGGAUGUUGA